AAAAAUGUACAUUUUUAAAUCGAUGUAGUAUACUUGACACUUGGCUGUCUUACUUUGCGAAACACACAGUUAAAAUACAAUAUAAUUAUUAAAAAUUCAGUGCUGUGUACGACUCCAUUAGUUGAGUGGCGUUCAAGUCGAGUGGCGCUGGUUUCCAACAUCCUCUCUCAUAACAUGUAGUUUGUCGUCUUAUGAUCUAUGUUCUUAUUGUGCAAUUUCAUCUCUAUGUCACAUCCGAAACGAUCCAUACAGAUCCAUACGAUCAUAUGAAACGACCGGUACCGGUUUCUGUGCUUUGAUCGUUGUUGAGAAAUUAAGGGAAUCGAGGUUGCGAAACGUUUCAUUUAUUUCUACACUAAUUUUCAAAUAAAUACACGGUAUAUAGUUAUUACAAAUCUUGCCCCUCAUAAUAUACGAAAUUCUCGGGAGACAUGGAGGACAGGUUGCUACAAAUGUUUCAAGAUGUUGGAUAUACAGGACCGAUGCUCGAUGCCAACAAGCUGUCGGAAGCCUUAAAACUUGGUGCAAAAUCUUCAGAUUUCACUAGUCUUAUAAGCUGGUUUGCUGAACAACUGGUGACAUUUGUAGACACAGAUGAGAUUGUUCAUGCUACAACAAGUGCAGAUGAUGCCCAUUCUUUUCUCUUAGAGUUAAGCUUUUUUCUUAAGGAAAUAGGAUGUGUGAAUGAGAAACUGACGACUGGACAUAUGAAUCAAAGACUAGCUAAUGAAUCUGAAAGAUCUAUCCUGAUAGAGUUUUUAGCAACGGAGCUUAUGGCUUGCAAAUUAUUGGAGGCAAAAUGUCCUAAAGAGAAAAAACAAAUAGAAGUUACUAUUGAUGAAAGUGACACUGCGAGAAACUUGAAAAAUAUGUUGGUUACACUACAGUUUCAAAAGCCACCAGACAAUAUUUCGCCUGAAUUAUUAUUUUCAAGACUGGAAAUUAAAUUAUCUGAGAUUCUAAAGACUGUACCAUCUUAUUAUUUAGAUAAACCACUCAUAGAUGUUGAGCUUUCUUCUAAACAGUGGGAGCAACUAGGUAAAUUGCAGGAAGAAAUGCACAAGGAAUACACAACUCGCCGUGAGAUGUUGCUCAAACGUCUUGACGUUACAGUUCAAUCAUUUUUGUGGUCUGACAGGAUAAAGUCACAAGAGACUGCAGUAAAUACUAAAUAUGAGGAGAGAAGAAAGACUCUACAUAACGAGCCGAAAGUGACAUUGGCUGAUUUGUUAGCGGCUAGAGACGAUUUAGCGGUGAUUGAGAAAACUAGUAACGCGAGUGUUCGCAAGAACACACGAAGUAAAGUUAAUAGUGUUAUUAUCGGAGCGGUACCGGACAGAGGUGGUAGACCAUAUGAGCAAGAACCACCUCCACCAGAGAUGCCUCCAUGGCAGAAAGAUAGAGUUCAAGGACCACCGUCAUUUCAGGGUGGAAGAGGAGGAAGUGGAAGCGGACGUGGCGGCGGUGGUGCAGAUAGAGGACGUGGAGGCGGUAGAGGCGGAAGCGGUAGAGGCGGAAGCGGAGGAGGCGGCGGUUAUCGAGAUCAUAAAGACGCCAGUAAUAAUUUUGGUCAGAACUUAAACUAUCAGGAAUCUCAAUACUCUGGACAUGGACAUAGAGAAUGUUAUCCAGACCAUAGAGAUGCAGGAGGAUACCAGAGAGGUAGUGGUGGUGGCGGUGGCGGUGGCAGUGGCGGCAGCAGCAGCGGUGGUGGUGGUGGUGGUAGUGGUGGAGGUUAUCACGGAGAUUCUGGCGCGAAUUAUAGUCAAAACUACAAUCAGAAUUACAGUCAAAGUUACAGCCAGAAUUACCAACAGCCACAGUACUCUGGCCAGAGAGAUUCAUAUGGGAGUGACAAUCGAAGUGGCGGAAACUAUUAUCAGGACAGACGAGAAGGUGGAGGCAGGGGAGGCAGAGUUCAAGGUGGAUGGAAUCAGCAAGGUGCCAAUUCCAGUGUGAACAGCUAUCAACGCGGCGGUUACAACAGAGGCAGAGGCAGACAAUACUGAAGAUGCUACUUUACAUAUAUUUUUAAUGCUAAUAAAAGCUUUUCACGAGAUGAUGAAAGUUAUGAUAUUAAAUUAUAGUGAUUAUAGAGUCACUAUCACAUACGCUUAUACUAUACUCACUUUGGUCUCAAAAUAUGAGUUUGGAAUAUUUACGAUAAUGAUACUGAAUUGUGUUGUUUUUAGAUCACAGAUUAGUUAACAAUUCGAAAUUAUUAUAUUUGGAUUAAGAUAGAAUUAUUAUUUGUCUCGUAUGCAGAGCGUUACUCUUGUAAUGACAGCUUUUAAUCUCAUCAUUGUAAGAUUUAGGAGUGUGUAUAUAAAACUACGUUUUCUAUAUAAAUCGAUUCUAAUAAAGAUGUAUUAAUUAUGUGAAUACAAUUGUGUAUUUGUGUUAAACGUUUGUCGGAAGUAGCGAAGUAAAAUUAAUUUAUGACACAAGGUAUAAAGACUAAAUCAAGCCACUUAAAUUUUGUAUUGGAUCGUGUAUUAUAUGUAUCGAAAUAUAUUAAAUGAGCAAUA